CAUACGUUAUCACUUAUCAUUUCCCCCAUAGAUUUUGGAUAUAAGAAGGGGAUUAGUGGCAUUUACAAAUCCUAUGCGAGACACCCAAAACCAAGCAGAUACUCUGCUUGCAUAUGGGGCUUAUAAAUACCAUAUUAUUCACAAGUGCAAACGUCUAAAAUCUUUCCCUUUUCCACGAUUUUAACCAGCUUGUACAUGAAGAACAAAGAUUUGCAGCAGUAAACUAGGAAGAAUUAUCCAGGCAAAGAUGUUAGAAUACACUGCGGAGAUGGCCGGGCCUUUUUCCAGCGUCACAACGACGACGACCAAGAAGAAGAAGAACAAGAACAAGAGGAGGUUCAGCGAUGAACAAAUCAAAUCCCUGGAAUCGAUGUUCGAAUCCGAGACAAGGCUCGAACCUCGGAAGAAGUUGCAGGUGGCUAAAGAAUUGGGUUUGCAGCCACGACAGGUUGCGAUAUGGUUCCAGAACAAGAGAGCACGGUGGAAAUCGAAGCAGCUUGAACAAGAUUACAGUAUCCUACAAGCCAAUUACGACAAUCUAGCUGCUAAGUACGAAAGUUUAAAGAAAGAGAAACAGGCCUUGGUGAUUCAGUUGCAGAAGCUGAAUGAUUUAAUCAAGAAGCCGAAAGAGGAAGCCCAGUGUUGCAGACAAGUUACAGCCACGAACCGCAACGAUGGAGAUAAGGGAGAGACGACUGUGAAGUCUGAUUCCGAAGGGCAGCUCAGUUUCUCAAUGGGAAGAUCGGAACAUGCACCGGGAGUCUUAUCUGAUGACGAUAGCGCCAUAAAGACAGACUAUUUUAGACCGGAAGAAGAUCCCAACCUCAUGAGCAUGGUGGAUCCGGGUGAUGAUUCUUUAACAUCUCCGGAAGAUUGGCGCAGUUUCGACUCCAAUGGUCUUUUCGAUCAGUCCAAUUGUGGUUAUCCAUGGUGGGAUUUUUGGUCUUGAAAUAACAAAAA